AUGUAUAAUAUUUUUAUGUUUUUGACUAAGUUCAGACAGAAUCAAGUAACACAAAUUAGUAAAUUCAAAUUUGAUGUAAAAUAUGCCAAAAUCUCAACUUCUACAAAGAUUCCGAAGAACAAUGGCGUUGUAUCAGCACACAUGCUGGAGAAGGAAAUCGACAUAAAUAAGAUAAGGGAUAAGCUCAUAAACCAUGGAGCAAACUUUACAAUUAAAGAUAAACUCGUACUAGUAAAAAGCUGUGAUAAUCUAAACCAUAAAUCAGGAACAGUAAUUAUGACACAGAAUGGAUUUAUUGUCCUUUGGGGACACAGUAAUAGUAGUUUUGAUUGCUACAGGUCAUUAGUAACAGAGUCAGAGGAGAUAGAUAAGAGUCCACUCCAUUCAUACCAUGAAACGCUAGAUUUUACUGAAACUACUGGAGAUACAAGGUUGUGUGAUGGGAAGAUCUUAAUCACAAAUUCCGAUGAAAGGGAAUAUGACGAGAUCUCAGCUUCACUGGCUUUGAUGACUGCAGUUAAGUUAAACUUCCUGGAGUGUGAUAUAAAGAGAAACUUAGAGCUGCGGAACAAUCAACUUCUGGGUUUGAAGAAUUCUUUGGUUUAUCAAAACUUGGACAGUGUUGCUAUGACGCUAUUCGAAUUGGAAACCUAUGCUCAUGACUGCAGAUACAGACUAAAUCUCCAAGAUUUAUUAGAAUAUCCUGACGUGUUGUGGGAUUAUGACAAGCAGUGUGAUUUGUUUAACAGGAUACAGUCACUGUUUGAGAUACCCAAAAGACUCGAACACUUGAAUCACAGAAUAUCUUGGACUUUGGAAACAUUAAAUUCAUAUUCUGAAUAUGUAAGACAUAAGCAUUCCUCCAGACUUGAAAAGAUUAUCAUCGCCUUAAUUUCAAUUGAGUUGCUUGUUGGAGUAAUCCAGACAUUUAUCUCAAAACAUAAACUAAAUUACUCAAACACAUAAUAUAAUCACUUAUUUA